AUGAACCUCAAACCACCAUCUUCUUCACCACUAACUUCUAACUCCAACAACCCAUUUCCUGCAACCCACUCUUCUCUCACCCUCCAUUGGGUUUCUUCCCCACACUAUCCCUCCUCCAUCUCCAGCCCCACGCGCCCAUUUCGCCUACUCGCCACCGCCAACCCCCCCACCAACCCAACUUCAGACCUCUCUCUCGCCGCCACCGCCGCACUACCUAAUGAAGACCAAAAGCUUCUGACGCUCCUCCGCCAGAGAAAAACAGAGGAGGCUUGGAUUGCCUACACCCAAUCCACCCAUUUGCCCAAUCCCACUUGCCUCAGCCGCUUGCUCUCUCAACUCUCCUACCAGAACUCUCAUUCCGGCCUCACUCGCGCCCAGUCCAUCCUCACGCGCCUCCGAAAUGAGCGCCAGCUCCGCCACCUCGACGCCAACUCCCUUGGCCUCCUCGCCGUCGCUGCCGCCAAGGCUGGCCAGACCCGCUAUGCUGCAUCCAUUGUCAAGUCCAUGCUCCGCUCCGGCUUCCUCCCUCACGUCAAGGCCUGGAGUGCCGUCGUGAGCCGGCUCGCCGCCACUGGGGAUGACGGGCCUGCCGACGCUCUCAAGCUCUUCCAUUCAGUCACCCGCCGUGUCCGGCGGUUCUCGGAGCCGGAGUUGGUCGCUGACUCGCGGCCGGACACGGCAGCCUUCAAUGCUGCGCUGAAUGCCUGUGCCAAUUUGGGGGAUACUAAGAGAUUCUUGAAGCUGUUCGAUGAAAUGCCUGAGUAUGGUGCUGAGCCUGAUGUGCUCACUUACAAUGUUAUGAUCAAGCUGUGCGCCAGAGUUGGAAGGAAAGAUUUGCUUGUUUUUGUGUUGGAGAGGAUUCUUGACAAGGGCAUUACCUUGUGUAUGACAACCUUGAAUUCGCUGGUGGCAGCUUAUGUUGGUUUCGGUGAUUUGGAAACCGCAGAGCAAAUGGUUCAAGCAAUGAGGGAAGGGAGAAGAGACCUGUGCAAGAUUUUAAGGGAUUCGAAUUCGAAUAAUUCAAAGUCCAGUCUAAGUGAUGGGGAUGUGUUUGAGAAGUUGCUUCCUAAUUCGGUUAGAGCAAAUGAUUGCGAGCCGCCAUUGUUGCCUAAAGCAUACACUUGUAACUCUAGGAUUUACACUACUUUAAUGAAGGGUUAUAUGAAUGUUGGCCGUGUUACAGACACCGUUCGGAUGCUAGAGGCACUGAGGCACCAGGAUGAUAGCUCAAGCCAUCCUGACCAUGUAACCUAUACGACUGUUAUUUCUGCAUUUGUGAAGGCUGGCUCAAUGGACCGUGCUCGGCGAGUGCUUGCAGAGAUGACAAGAGUUGGUGUGCCUGCAAAUCGGAUCACGUAUAAUAUUCUUCUCAAAGGUUAUUGCCAGCAGCUGCAGAUAGACCAGGCCAAGGAGCUCCUUAGGGAGAUGGCUGAUGAUGCUGGGAUUGAGCCUGAUGUGGUUUCGUAUAAUAUAUUGAUUGAUGGAUGCAUACUGGUUGAUGACAGUGCUGGGGCUCUUGGCUUUUUUAAUGAGAUGCGAACAAGAGGACUUGCUCCCACCAAGAUCAGUUACACCACUUUGAUGAAAGCCUUUGCCUUGUCGGGUCAGCCGAAGCUGGCUAACAAGGUGUUUGAUGAGAUGCUUAACGAUCCUCGGGUAAAGGCUGAUUUGGUUGCCUGGAAUAUGUUGGUUGAAGCGUAUUGCAGAAUGGGGUUAGUCGAAGAAGCCAAGAAAAUCAUUCAGAGAAUCAAAGACAAUGGGUUUCACCCUGAUGUGGCCACGUAUGGCAGCCUUGCCAACGGAAUUGCAUUGGCUAGAAAACCAGGGGAGGCACUCUUGCUUUGGAAUGAAGUGAAGGAGAGAUGUAGGGUGAAAAAGGAAGGGGAAACUUCCGAUCCGCCAAUGCUGAAACCCGAUGAAGGGCUAUUAGAUACUUUGGCUGAUAUAUGUGUCAGGGCUGCUUUCUUUAAGAAGGCUUUGGAGAUUGUGGCUUGUAUGGAAGAGAAUGGGAUCCCUCCAAAUAAGACAAAGUUCACUAAAAUUUAUGUGGAGAUGCAUUCUAGGAUGUUUACUAGUAAGCAUGCCUCACAAGCCAGGCAGGACAGGAGGAUUGAGAGGAAGAGAGCAGCUGAGGCUUUCAAAUUUUGGCUGGGUUUGCCCAAUUCUUACUAUGGGAGUGAAUGGAGGUUAGAGCCUAUAGAUGGAGAUGAGUGA